GUCUUAUAUCUUUAACUCCUCUCUCUCUCGUUCCUUCUCUAAUAUCUUCCGUCUUUUCUUUUCCUGACAACCAAACAAGAUUCCUCUCGAUUCGCUGUUUGUUCAUUACCAUGGGGGCGAAAGCAAAGAAAUCACUGAAAAAGAAAAUGAGCAAAAUUUCUUCUUCGUCAACCCAGUUAGUUAAUGGAAAACAAGCCACUGCUGAUUUCUUGCCAUUAGAAGGUGGACCGGCGCGGAAGUUACCGGAAUUGAAAGAGCUGAAAAAUAAGUCCGGUGUGCUGUAUAUUGGUAGGAUACCUCAUGGUUUCUACGAGGAAGAAAUGAAAGCUUAUUUUUCGCAAUUCGGUAUUAUCAAGAGAUUGAGAAUUGCGAGGAAUAAAAAGACUGGAAAAUCAAAGCAUUUUGGAUUCAUGGAAUUUGAAGAUCCUGAGGUGGCAGAAGUUGUAGCUGAAUGUAUGCAUAACUAUCUGUUGUUUGAGCAUCUUUUGCAAGUCUAUGUUAUUCCACAGGAGCAUGUUCAUCCUAAAUUAUGGAAAGGUUUUAAUUAUCGUUACAACCCUGUGGACCGGCUUCAAACCGAAAGAAAACGACAGAACAAGGAGAGAACACUUGAUGAGCACAGAAGAUUGGUGGGCAGGAUUAUGAAGCGAGAUCAGAAGCGACGAAAAAAGAUAGAAGCUGCUGGUUUGGAUUAUGAGUGCCCGGAAUUUGUUGGUGAUGUCAAGUGUGUGCCAAAGAAGAUUAAGUUCAGCCAAGAUUAGGAUUCUGUGGAAUUCCUUGAGAAUCACUGUUGUGGUUUUUUGUCAACGAGAAAAGGAAGUAAGGGAGGACUGUGAUGCAAGAGUAUAUUGCCAUCUCAAAUUGUGAAUCCAGCUGUUUGGAGAAGUUUCUGAAUGUAGACAUGGAAGCCUGUAUCUGACCUUUUGCUUCUAUAUGUUAUAGCUGUUUUUUCACAAAUCGUAUCCUAACAAUCCACUAGUCGAUGAUGCUAGGAUUAUUUAAUGUCAAAGUAGAAAUUUUGUGUGGGUUUUAUUUUAUUUGAAUUCAGUCUUGUUCCGAAUA